AAAACACUGAAAUCCUUGGUGUUAAAUCAUUGGGUCAUUAAUAACCACCCUGUAUCUGACCUGCUGUACAUGUCGCUGCUUUCCCGCUCUGGAUAAUCUCUAAUUGUUUGGGUUUUUUUGAAGUCUCAGAUAUUGGAUUAAACAAUUGAGACUGAAAAUCACUGAAAAAAUAUUUUUUUCUGUUUUAAACAGUACAUACUGCUAAGAAAAAGAAGGGGAAAAAUAAUAAUAUGCGGAUUUGACACGCCCCUUUUACAGGAAGCUGUUUGGCUCGUGCUUGCAUGCUGGAAUCUGAUUGGCUGUUAGAUUUCAUGACGCAGUAACACGGACUUCGUGCCUGUUUGUUCCUCAGUGUUCAACUUCUUCGUGUUUUUAAGACAAAUCUAACCCUGAAGCAAUCUGAGCUCUGAGCUAAUAAUACCAGAAAUGAAUGUUUCGUCAUUUAAUGACUUUAUUAUUAUGAAUUCUGUAACAGGAGUUUACACACACGCUCUCGAGAAAAGAUGGUGGUCCUCAGGUGCUCUGAGCUUUAAGAACAUCAUUCUAGAAACAUGAGUGCUCCUUAAAGAGCCAUCCUUUCAACAAGAACGCUCAGAGUACUCGAAUACAGAUGUGUGUGUGUGUUCUAUCAUGGCUAUAAAAAACAAUCUCACGUCAUAAGUCAAAUGUACGCACCUCGGAGAAGCUUGAUGCUGAAACGCUCCCACGCUGAUUAGACGUUGACUUGACCCCCCUCUCUUCUUUACCGGAAACGUCAUCCACCUUCACGUCGAACGCGCGCGCGCGCCUUUACGCGCUCCAGAGUUGGUGUAUAAAAGCCGCCCCGUCGGGUGCAGAGCAGAAACUCCAGCUCUGUCCCGGUAACGCUCAGAGAGAACUCCUCGGAGGAAACAAACAAAAACCAACAACCCGCUGAACAGGUGACGAUGAUGGUGCUGAUGAUGAUGAGGAUGGCGAUGAGGUGCGCGCCGGAGAGGUCCGUGAGGUCCGCGGUGAUGCUCGCGACCGUCGCCGUGCUGCUCUCGUGCUGCCCCGCAGACGCCUGGUACAAGCAGGCCACCGGGCCAAGCUACUACUCCGUAGGCAGAGCCUCGGGUUUGCUGUCCGGCAUCCGCAGGUCACCCUACGUCCGCAGGUCCGACACGGAGUCCGUGCUGGAUGCAGGAGAGAGCACCGGAAACAGCGUGAUGCCCGAGCUGAGCGCGAGACACACACCUGUCCUGAAAAACAUGGCCAUCUGCAUCAAGGACAUUUCUCCGAACCUACAGAGCUGUGAGCCGAUGCAGGACGGCUGGAACACGUUCCGGUGCAGGGCGGAAGUUCUGCUCGCGCUUGACUCGCUCGACUGCUUGGUGGCGUGAACGGCACGUGAGCGCGCGCGGAUCCCGACUCCGGUCCUGGAGACACCCCCCCACCUCUGUCCUGCUCGCUCUGCUGUUGUCCUGCUGUAACACGGCGUCAGGACGGGGGACGUGUCCAGGACCGGGGUCAGGAACCUGUCUUCUUCACACAACCCCUGACCAUCAUGUACACUGAAACCGAUCUGUUUAGGAUGCUCUGAUGUCCAGAUCUCCAUCACCACCCGGACUCCUGACCCUGAAUGUUAUUUAUUUCCCAUUGUUUUAUCUACAAAAAAAAAAUCUGUAAAGCUACAAUUUGUGUGCGUGAUGGAGACGGAAUCGGAGUCGCUGUUUGUCCUUUCUGUGUGUAAAUGUAUAAACUGUUAAAGAAUGUUAUUUUAUUUAUUAAACUCGACACGUGGUUGAUUCGGCUGUUUUGUGUAGUUACUAUUUUAAAGAAAGAUGUAAGAGACGCGCACGUCUCCAGGGUUAGAUCAAAUACAUCACGAUCAUCACAGACACCGGAACAGUGGA